UGAUGGCGGAGAGGUUCGAAGGUUCCAGGAGCAUCUGUGCCUGCGGAUCUCGCGGGCCUGCCCGCUCUGACACCCUCGGGUCUGGCUCCACCCUCCGCUGGCCCGCUGCUCAGCCCAGCGCCGCUCCAGUUCCAGGAUGCCCAGCUGCGGGCUGUGCUCCGGCCCGGGACCUUCCUUUGCCCGGUCACCUUCUUUCCCCCCCAUACAGUGUGCUCCAGGGCGCUUGACCCUGCCGGUGGGUGUUGGGGUCGCAGCUGAGCCCGGCUUUCUUCGUUAGUAGGAGCCAGGCGAGGAAGACUUUGGGGACCUCACAGUCGCCCUGCGCACCCGGGAGGAGACUUUGGGCGUCGGGAACGCCUCCAGAAGCCUGGAAGGGCAUAAGCGAGGGGCGCGGCAGCGGAACUUGGGGGGCGGAGGGCAUGAUGUGGUGAAGGGCGAGCGGCGCGGCGGCGGCGAUGAGUGCUUCUGCGGCCACCGGGGUGUUCAUGCUGUCCCUCUCGGCCAUCCCGGUCACCUACAUCUUCAACCACCUGGCGGCCCAGCACGAUUCCUGGACAAUUGUAGGGGUUGCUGCCCUCAUCCUGCUCCUGGUGGCCCUGUUGGCUCGAGUCCUUGUCAAAAGAAAACCACCCCGGGACCCACUGUUCUAUGUGUAUGCAGUGUUCGGAUUUACCAGCGUGGUGAACCUCAUCAUAGGACUGGAGCAAGAUGGCAUCAUUGACGGGUUCAUGACACACUACUUGAGAGAGGGCGAACCAUAUCUGAACACGGCCUAUGGGCACAUGAUCUGCUACUGGGAUGGCUCUGUUCAUUACCUGAUGUACCUGGUGAUGGUGGCGGCCAUAGCAUGGGAGGAAAGUUACAGAACCAUUGGCCUAUAUUGGGUUGGAUCCAUUAUAAUGAGCAUUGUCGUUUUUGUGCCCGGAAACAUUGUAGGGAAAUAUGGAACACGAAUUUGCCCUGCUUUUUUCUUAAGCAUACCAUAUACUUGUCUUCCUGUCUGGGCUGGUUUCAGAAUCUAUAAUCAGCCAUCAGAAAAUUAUAAUUGUCCCGCAAAGGUUGUUCAAGAAGCUCAAGCGAAAGACCUGCUGAGAAGACCAUUUGACUUAAUGUUGGUUGUGUGUCUCCUCCUGGCAGCUGGAUUUUGCCUAUUCAGAGGCUUGAUUGUUCUGGAUUGCCCAGCUGAGCUGUGUCGACUAUACACACAAUUUCAAGAGCCCUACCUGAAGGACCCCGCUGCUUAUCCUAAAGUUCAGAUGCUGGCAUACAUGUUCUACUCUGUCCCUUACUUUGUGAUUGCACUUUAUGGCUUAGUGGUCCCUGGAUGUUCUUGGCUGCCUGAUAUAACGCUGAUACAUGCUGGAGGUCUAGCUCAGCUGAAUUAAAUUCCCUGCCCUCAACCUGCUCAUGUGAACUUACAGCAGUGGUGACAGC